AAUACCGUUUUACUACCCCCCGGAGGAAUGUCAUUCGACAAAUACUUCUCGGAUCGUCUCCAUGGUAACCGUGUGACGUCAUUCAUUCUUUUCUUCUGGCCAAAAAUAACAAUUUUGGCAAAGAAAAUAGGCGAACAAGACACACACAAAAGUUGUUGAUAUAUAAAAUUUCUGCUUGUCGAAAGCUCCCUCCCUCCCCUGGUCGGAAGGAAAUCGUAUUUUUAGUUGUUAAUUUGGAUUUUUUUCUAGUGUUAUUUUUUUAUUUGUAAAAAAAACAAUAAAUCGCUCCCUUUGUAGUGUGAAUCCGUAGAUUGCGCGCUCGCUGGUGCCGAUUGUUGAUGGAUCUUAAACUGUACUCGAUUUUAACGGUAAUUUCGAUAAUGUUUUUUGGUCGAGGAACCCUAAAAUAAUAUUAAAAAGUUAAAUUUAUGUGGAUAAUUUUUAAAUUUGGGGCAAGCGAAAAGUAGAACUUGGCACAACAUUGACCCAAUGAACGACGUCAGCAUCUAGCGAGAAGGCAAAGAGCAUGAGAGAUUCUCAUAGUUCUGAAAUAGGAAGACGCCCCACUUGGCACAUCUAGUCGUAAAUGCCGUGUGGCAUGUGAUUACACGUGUUUUCUUAUUUGAAUAAUAUUCGAAAUUCUCUUUGAGCCACGACUUCUUCAGGGAUAAAAGUAGGUGUUCAUCAUGGAAAAUCAAGCCAUUGAUAAGUUUCCAUCGGACGAGGGCUUGGAAAUGGCUGCGACUGACUUCGACAAAGAUGACGUAUUUAUCGAUGAAACUUGCGAUGCCAAUGACGAUAGCCUCUUGUGGCCUUCAAAAUUCGAAAAUCAGAGUGAAAAAUCGACAAGCGAAACAAACGACGCGGUGCAACGAAGUAUGUCAACCGAGCUCUUAUUGGAUAACAAAGAAGACAACGUCAGAAAUCCCGUGUCUAGUUUAGAUGACGUACUACAUUCGGAGAAAGAAUUCAUUGAAUACGUAUUGUCUUUACCUACCGAAUACGAAAAUGUUGCAGCUUCCAGGUCGAAAAAGAUCAAAAAGAGCCCGCUUAAAGCAUCGGGAAACGGCACCAAAGUGGGCUUGGACCAUUUGGAUAAUUUAUGCAAAUUAAUGGAACAGUUAAGCGAACUGAGAGAAGCCAACUCGAAGCUUCACAGGCGAAUUCAGUACCUGGAAGAUUUAAAGUCUCUUCACGAGAUGCACAAAGAAGUUAACACUGCUCAAUACGGUUCGGAAAAUAUCCUGUCGGAAAGAUUGGAUGCGCCCGAGAAGAAAACGGUUCAGUUGGAUUACAUCUGCAUGGAGAGCCAAGAAGUGUUGGAGAGACCCUCUUCCAGGAGUAAGGAAAGAAGAUACGUGGUACACAAAAGCAAGACCCAAGUCAACAUCAGCAGGCAGGCGGGUCGCACUAGAGAAAGAAGCAAAUCGGUGGGUCACGAAGACAUCGGCGAUUCCAAAUCAAAGAGGAUACUUCCCAAAUGGUCCAAGGUGAAAGAAGCUCUGAAAUUCGAAAAGAAUGCCUAUCCGAGAAUUGUGAGUGAAUAUUGCAAUGAUAAAAAGAACGAAAAUCUCACCGCUAACGAUCAAGUCGUCAUGUUGGAUGUGCCCAUGGAUUCCGAAGAAUUCAACAAGUACGACGAUGAUUCGUUAAGUGGAGAUUUUUAUGUUUCGGGAAGUUAUUCUCCCAUGAUUCAUUCUUCUAUGGAAGAUCUCCGAGAAAACGUCGUCGACACUUCUAAAAGAGAUAAAUGGAAAUCUCGUUCCGUUUACGUCUCGGACAAACGGUCUUUGGAAUUACCUCAGGAAGUAACACGAAGAAAGACUCCUAGUCCCCGUUUUAGAACCAAUAUUUCCGAUCGACGGCAAAAAUCCUUGACACUGGAAAGAGACAUCGAUCCGGAGCAGGUGUUUUCGAAAUACGAAAAGGAAUUGAAAAAGAGUCACAAAAGUCCUUGGGGAAGAGUGAAGACGAUUAUUCAGAGCAGGAAAGACAGUUUAAGAAGAAAGCAAAGGGAAGAAACGAAGAAGACGGAAGAGUCCAACGUAUCCAUGGAAAACCUGGAAGAGUUUCCUAAGGACGAAGCUUUCUACAACAAAAUGUAUUUCGAGAGUACGGAAAGUUCGCCCAAUUUAUCCAGCGAAAUUAAGAAUUCCAAUCAAGAAGAAUCGGAUAACGAACAAAAACAGAGAAAGAAGCCGAAUUCUCUCUACUUAUUUUCCUCUUCGGGUGAAGAAGUUAUUCAUUCGGAUCGACCUACCUCCGAGUUUGAUGUGUACAAAGAAAUGAGAACUCCCAGUUCUUCGCCUUCCUAUCAACAAACUCAAUAUUCGGAGGCAACUCCAAGUAGAUCUUGCGAUUCGGAAGAAAACACUCACACGAAAUUAUCGGUUUCCACUUCUGCACCCAUAUUCGACUUCAAUGCCGUAGAAGAGUUACAACGAAACCUUAGCGAAGAAUUUAAUCGAAAAAUUAAGGAGUGGGAGAAGAUCCGCUCGAGCGGGCCCAAAUCGUCCAGCCCAAAAUUCGAACGAAAAGAAUCUGCCACGAAAAACAGGAAAUCCAAUAAAGAAAAAGGGAAGUGGGAAAGACAAGAAAAGGCUCAGAAACAUAAAAUGAAAGAUUUGAAUUGGCUGGAGAAAGAAUUGCAGAAGAUCGAAAAGGAAAAGUUGAGACUGGCCAAAGAAAGGCAGAAGUACGAAGAGAGAGCCAUUAGGUUAGAAAGGCUACGAGACACGGUUUUAAACGCCAGAGCGGCCAAUAAAAAAGAAGUUUUGGUUCGAACCUCCGCCGGAGAAUUUCGAUUCGAAGGCAUAUCCGAUGCCUUCACUAAAAAGCUAUACGAAUGGGAAACGAAAUUGGGAGUGGGUCCCGAACUGUCUACCCUAGCCUUACUAGAUGCCAGUUUCAAAACCACGCCGGGAAGCGAUAAGCACAUGGGCCUAAAUCUUCAGCGGGGUCUGUCCAAAUCGGAAAGCAGCAUUAUAGAAGUAGGACAGCCUUCGCACAACUCUUCCAACUCUCUUCCGUCCUUAAAACCCGAAGACAUAACUUUCGAGCUUCCUCAACCCUCCAGGUCUAACUCCGAACCCGACAUGUUUCAUUUUGGACAACAAAAGGAAAUGCCUUCGAGGUACCAACCUGGAGACGUGAUGGAAAAUCUGCCUACGAAAACAUACUCUCCACCGGAAGUGACGCAUUUGAUCGACAGCGAUUCGGAAGGAGGUCUGACGGAUAAGACCGGAGAUCAACAGGGGAAUCAAACGGACGAUAACUAUUAUAGCCUUUUGGAAGAGAACGUGAUUCUUCUGGAACAGCUGAAAAACAAAGAAGACAUUUGCAGAAAUCUAGAAAGAAAAUUGAUUAACUUAGAUAAAAAGAUGGAAGAGAUGAAUCGAAGACACCAACAAGAUUUAGAUAAGUAUAAGGAAAAACUGUGGGAAGUUCAUGGAUCAAGGAGCAAUCCAAGAGACUUACCGGGAUGUUUGAAAAUGAUAAACAGAUUAAAAAGUAGGAUAGAAGAAUUGGAGAAGUGCGGAGAAAAAUUGAAAUGCGAUAGAGAAGCGUUGGAGGAAAGUUUCAGAUAUCACAACCAGCAGCAAUCUCAAAUGACUGUCGAUCUCAUCGGAAAAUUGAAAGAAUUACAAAAGUUUUCUUCGUGUUGUGAAAGCAACACUUACUUACAAAACACAGAAAAGGCGAGAAAGAUUCUUCGUUUGGAUAAUGUCGAUCGUCUACAUCAACUAUCUGCAGAAUUAUUAAGACAGACUCAAAACUUGGAAAAAGUAUUAUCGGAAAGAACCCGACAAGUUUGCCAUUUAAGAUGGGAAUUGUUGCAUCGAGAUGUUUCUGCACUGCGUUUGCAUACGGAGUUGCACAGAGUUAGAUGGCAAGGAGGCGCUGCCAGGGCCGCUGCUAAAAGGGCGAAAUUUGCUGAAAAACGUUCGUUAUCGUCUAGUGAACGACUUUUUCCAUGGGAGAAAGAAAACGAAACCAGAGAGCAACUUCCAGAAAGAUUACUUAAAGAAUCAUCCGAAGCUUACGUCAAUUGGAAUAAAAUGGGAUUCGAAACGUCAAAUCUGACAACCACCGUGCACGAACUUAAUAAAGAACUUUUAAAAUUAUCCUUAACUUCAGAUGCUACCCUAAAAAACGAUCAAGAUGGAUUUUCUGCAUUCGAUUCGGUUGAUACGAAUCGAGAAAAUAAUGAAGUUGCGCAGUUUUCUAGCGAAGACAAUUGUUAUAGCAAGAUCCAGCUUAAAAUUUCGACCGAUAAAUCCGAUCCUAAUCAAAUCAAAGUACGAAGAUAUUCGGCAGAUAGCAUUUAUAAACUCGGCGAAAAUUCGGACCCGGCUGGAGAAAACACGCAAGAAUUGCCGAGUCCACACAAGAAACUCAACGUUUCUUCGUCCCUCGAAAGCUUCGGACCUAACAGAGAAUGUUUCAAUAAAAUCACUUUCAAAAACGGAAAAGGGGCCAAGAAAUUAAUGUACGAAGAUCCCACUCAGAAAAUGGUUUUAGAAUAUCCCAGUAAAAAUGACGAUUUAAAUCAAAAACAAAAAUCGAAAUUCCUAAAAAAUAAUUCUAGACAAAAGAGGACAUUGCUCAUAAAACCCAUUCAUAGAACUAACGUUAACGUCACAUCCGAAAGCGACGGCAAUCGCAUUUUGUAUAAUAAAAUACCAGAGAAGUACGUUCCGGAUCAUUCCCAUUGUAAUCGUAAGUUAACCAAUCAGAGUGACUUUAAUCAUUUGAGUGAAAUACCCCAGGAGAGAUUAAUAUUUCGUAGCAAAUCUUCGGAUUAUCCUCACGGCACCAUCAACGAGAACAUCUGUGCGAACGGUAUGAAAGAAAUGGAAAAGAGCAGCUCCAUAAAAACAGAAAGUCCCGUUAUUAGAUCGAGAAACACCAGGAAGUUCAAACGAGAUUUCUCGCGCGAUGCAUCCACCCCCGUGUGCGAAAAUACACAUCAGGUAUUAAAGAAAUCCUCUUCUCAACCCGAAUGCUCGUCUAAGUACAGAUAUACUAAACUUCAAGCCCCCAACGUUAAAAUUCUUAUAGAGAAAUAUAAUCAAAAAGCACUGGAAAGCAAAGUGGAGAAAUCAAAUCUCCUACCAAAAGUACAGAACGAAGAUGGUCUGGAAAUUAGAGAUGGUCAACGAUCGUCGGUGAGUCCGGGUUCCACGAGAGCCGAGAUGAUAAAGAAAGCCAAAGAAGAUUUUAUUUUACAAAAUUCCUCUUCUAAUUACGCUUUGCCGAGCAAUUCGAGGAACGAAUGCCAAGAGAAUGCCAACGAUAAAAUUGGUAGAUAUUGUCAAAUCGACGACGACAGUCUGUCCACAAAUUCUGCAAUUUCCGCAGAUUCCGUUCAUUUGGUAUUGUGCAGGAGCGCGGAAUCGUGUAAGGAAUCCAGAUUGGCUCGCAGAUCGGUUGCGGAAAAGCAGACGUCAUCGAGCGAAAUCUCUCCCCCCGUCACCCCCACCUCACCGGAUACAAAAUCUAGUAAAUCGGGUGGUAAUUUCCUCAAUUUUAAAUUAAGGAAAAGCAAAAAAGAAAAGGAAUUGGCAUCCAUUACGAAAUUGUGCCGGCAAUCUUUAUUCUUAAACUUGGAUAAAGACAUUAGCAAAAGCGAAGAAUCGAAACCCGUUCUGGCAAACCCUCAGAGUUGCCCGUCUUCGCCGGAAGUUAAAUCGAAACCGACGAAAACCAAAGGUGGUUGGUUGCAUAAAACCUUUUUUAAACAAUCUUAAUACUAUUUAAAAUUCGAUUCGAAAUAAUUCUCAGGUAUAAUUCAUCGUUACGAGUGAAUUUUAUGCAAGAAACUUUGUUACUUACGCAUUACAUUUCAUGAAUACAUAUUUUUUUUCUUAUCAUCACUGCCAUUAAAAAUGCUUAUUAAAAAUAAAUCUUUGUCUGUUCUCGUGUUACGAAAAAAAAUUUUAUAUUCCCAACCGGUCUGUA